AUGAUUCGAUUCAUCCUCAUCCAGAACCGGUCAGGUAAGAAGCGCCUGGCCAAGUGGUACAUGCAGUUCGAUGAUGACAAGAAGCAGAAGUUGAUUGAAGAGGUGCAUGCCGUUGUCACCAUCAGGGACACCAAGCACACCAACUUUGUGGAGUUCCAGAACUUCAAGAUCAUCUACAGAUGCUAUGCUGGCCUUUACUUCAGCAUCUGCGUGGAUGUCAACGACAACAAUCUGGCCUAUCUCAAGGCCAUCCACAAUUUCGUAGAAGUGUUAAAUGAGUACUUCCACAAUGUCUGUGAACUGGACCUAGUGUUCAACUUCUACAAGGUUUACACAGUGGUAGAUGAGAUGUUCCUGGCAGGAGAAAUCCAAGAGACCAGCCAGACAAAGGUGCUGAAGCAGCUGCUGAUGCUGCAGUCCCUGGAGUGAGGCGGGCCUCCGCCCAGCUCCAGCUUGGCCUGCUGGACCAACCUGCCUGCUCAUCCCCUGCCAGACCUGAGGCCCACCCCAGCAGCUCCCUCCCUUCCUGAGCUGGCCCAGAGGAAGGACCCCACAGGGUCUAGGCCACAGGGGAGGAGGCCAGAACCCACUGCCUCUGGGCCCUACGUGGAUGGCAGAGCCCACCGUGAUGUCCCGAGUAACUCUGCCACUGUCGUGUGAUGCUGUGAGUGUGCGUGUGUGCAUCCCCCAAUAAACCUGUGGUCCUGCCUG